AUGGCAGCGACCGUCAAACACAGGGAACACGUCAGAGAGUUGAAUAAGUCACCCAGGCUCGACACGGGCGGUUGUGUGGUCAUUUCCACUGUUGGUGCACUUGUUUGGUUUGGUGACGCGGCGUUCGGGGACAACUGUAGUUUGCUUCAGGGUUGCUAUUCGAGCGACAAUUUUAAAUUGAUCCGCUCAAAGUUUGUAAAGCAACGAAACGCCCCAGAGGAUGCUCCAUUCCGCCAGACAUGCAUGCAUCACCGCACCACCGCGGCCAACCUUGAAGAGGGAGAUGAGAGACAAUGUGUUAUGGGUGUAUGCGACUACCAUGACCUGGGCAAGAACGACGGUGGGGCCAAAUACGCAGGCAAAGAUGUUACACAUCAGUUCCUUUUGGACCUCAUUGAAGUUGCCAAGAGUGGCCUGCGCAGAAAACAAAAAGGUGUAUAUUAUUUCGAAGCCAUUCCAUUUUGGGUGUUGGAUACAAAUUUCCAGGCCGACUAUCCGAUGUCUACCGCAGUGAAGGAACCGCUGCGUUUGUACGAUCAUGCUAUGCGUUUUCUGCUUUUGGAUGUGCGCCACUUUCGCAAUCCCGCAAACCCCCAUUGUAGUGGUGAUAUAUUGUGUGAGACGCAGUGGAAAUAG